ACUUUUCCCUCCACUCCCACCUUCACUCCCUUCCUCCAUCACUUUCUCUUCUCCUCCUCCUCCUCCUCCUGCCCCCUCUCCUCCCUCCUUUCCCUCCUCAUCAUCCACAACCCACCCCUCCAACUUGACGUUUCCAAUGUUGCACAUCUUGUAGAUGAUGACUGACUCUUCGUCGGUCGUCUUGUAGCGAGUGUGAGCGAGCGUGGCCGGGUUCCAUUCCGGAUUCGUACUCUGGAUCGUGAUAUCGGAGAUCUCGAGCCGGGCCCGGUACGCAGGAUCUCGGAAAUUGACGACGAUGGAGCGAAUCUCGACCUUCAUUCCGUCUAUAACUUUCUCUGAGAAUCCGUACUUUGACGGCAAGUUGGACCCCAACUUGUCGAGAAUGUUGCCAGAACUCUUUUGAGCCGUCUCGCCCGUUGCCGUGGUAACCUCUAUCUCAACAGUUCCAAUACUAAUCUGAAUCGGGUCGUUCCUGAGAUUUGUAAACGGGACGUGGGCCCGUAUUCGGUCGCACAUCACCCUGGCAACCCGUAUCCAUGGCGGCAGCUGGAGAACCUGGGUGAUGAAAUCGCAGUUCAGUUCGAGAUUUGUGAGGACUCCCUUUCCAGUGAGGACGGCCAGCGAUAUGUCACUGGGCUUGAGAUCUUUGGUGAAUUUUGCCAAUUUCUCGACAAUUUUCUUCUUCACGAAAUCCGUCAUGUCUUCCCCACGUCCUCUGACCCUCACUCUUCACGUCACCGAGAAAUUCCCUAAGUCCCUGUCGUUAACGAGUACUCUAGCGUCGCCUUGCCGACGUGUGGUCGCUCGAGACUCGUUUUUCUUCCUGUUAGUCCCUCCAGCUAGCCUCUGGAGCUACAGUCAGCCCCACUACCCCCUCCUGGCUGCAACGUUCACUUGCCUCUCUGCGCUUUUUGGUCAGAGGCGCCUCCUUAGCCGGAAAGAUAAACAGAUGAUUGCUCGCAAUACGCACGCACACGCGCGGAGUACGCGAGCGCGGAGUAACAUAAUGCGCAUGCGCAUGUCGGACGACUGUGACGUAAUCUUACGAAAAACGAGCCCCACCCUUCUUUACGUCAUGGGGGUCACGCGUACGUACGUACGUACAAAAUAAACACCACACCGCGGCCCAGAAUCGGAGGAUCUUGUGUGCAGACUAGCCCAAUACUCGCCUUUGCAAGUUCCCUCUCUUUUCGUCAUGAAGAUCCUGCUGUUGGUUGCUGCGCUCGCCGUCUGCGCCUGCGCCACCUCGUUGGCUCCGCUACUGGCCGAAGACUCAACGUCACGUGUUCCUGGAGAAUACGUGGUUAUCUUCGAUGAAAGUGUCACGGAUGAUGACGUAUUUUCUCAUGUUCGGACCGUCAAAAAUAUGAUGAGUUACCACGGCAACAAGACAAACUUUGUGAUGCACGAGUACCACAUUGGUAGUUUCCGUGGUUACGGAGCAAAAAUGGACGACAAGCUGAGGGAUAUUGUCCGGUCGAUGAAAAAUGUUAAUUACAUCGAGUGUAGUCAGUACUACCACACAAUGCAAGCACCGUGCACUCUAGAGACAGGUGCUACUUGGGGAAUUGUUCGAACAACGAUGGUUAACUUGCCACAAUCUGAAGAUUACAGUUAUAAAACUCAAGCCGGAGACGGAGUGGAUGUGUACAUCAUCGACACUGGUAUUUAUACUCAACAUCCUGACUUUGGUGGCAGAGCCAUAUGGGGCGCUGACUUUGUCGACAGUCCUUCACCUGGAACUGAUCUUAAUGGCCAUGGAACCCACGUUGCUGGUACGGUGAUGUCCAACACAUGGGGGUUGGCUAAGAGAGCCACAUCAAUUGCGGUCCGUGUUCUGGACGCUGGUGGCUCUGGAUCGACAACUGGUGUGAUUGCAGGAAUUGACUACGUACCAGGAGAAGCAUCUAGGAGGGGAAGGGGAACGAAAUCCAUUGCCAACAUGUCUCUCGGAGGAGGGAGGUCUACGUCACUCAAUAAUGCAGUAGAUGCUGCUGUUACAGCGGUACGAGAGAGACGAGAGAGAGAGAGAGAAGAAGAGAGAGAAGGAGAGAGAGAGAAGGAGAGAGAAGGAGAGAGAGAGAAGGAGAGAGAAGGAGAGAGAAGGAGAGAGAAGGAGAGAGAGAAGGAGAGAGAGAGAGCGAUGAGAGAGACGCAGGAGAGAGAAGCGAGAGAAGAGAGGAGGAGAAGGAGAGGAGAGGAGAGAAAGAGAGUGUGUUUUUUGCCUAUUGUAGGGAGUCAGUUUUGCGGUUGCCGCUGGAAACGAAGGGCAGGAUGCUUGCAAUGUGUCACCAGCCAGUGCACAGCUCUGGGAGUCGGCAUUACGUCUACCUGGCUCAACAGAGAAACGAACACCAUUUCUGGCACGUCCAUGGCUGCGCCUCAUGUUGCCGGGGUGAUGGCCAAGUAUCUGAGCGAGUCUGACUAUACUCCAGCCGAGCUGAAAGCUCAUAUCGUAGAAGAGUCUACAAAAAACAAGGUCGAUGGACUCCAACCGAACACCCCAAACCUAUUGGUGUUCAAAUCAUGUGAAACAUCCUGAACUUUGUAUAUAUUAUGAACUUAUUUGUGUCUCCCUAAGACAUGUAUGAUGCAUUAUAAUUAUAGCUGUUUCAUUUCUGGAGAGAAAUUCCUUCCACAUCCCUAAUGAGAAUUUUUGUGUUUGUGACAGAUGUGGUGCAA